AUGUGGCGCCAACAGUUUUGUAAGGUAUUAAUAUUAUUUUUCUUGUGUUUACAUUUGUCAACACAAGUAAAAAAACAGAAAACAUCUGUUAUAACAGAUAUCGAUGAUAUAAAGGAGUUUAAAAAGUUACUAAGAACAAAAACAAAUGUAUUGAUCUUGUAUAUAAAUAACCAUAAAUCGUCUCAGUCUGUGCUUGACGUAUUCAAAGAAGCUGCUGAUAACAUGAAAGGUCAAGCUACACUGGUAGUUAUUGAUUGUAAUGGGAGUGAAGGAAAAAAGCUAUGUAAAAAGUUAAAAACUAUGACAGAGGGACAACUGUCAGUGCAAUGGUUAACUUCCUACGAGAUCCUACUGGUUCCAUGGGAGGAAGAUCCAGAAGCUGCAGACAUAGUUCAUCUUGCUGAUGCAGAUGCUUUAUCGAAGUUUUUGAAGAAAGGAAUAGCAACAUAUAAGAAGUCCAUGAUAAUGUUCUAUGCUCCUUGGUGUGGGUAUUGUAAAUCACUCAAACCAGACUAUGUAGCUGCUGCAGCCGAUUUAAAGGGUGAAGCAUUCUUGGCUGCAAUAGAUGUAUCAAAACCAGGAAACUCUAAAAUCAGACAAGUUUACAACAUUACUGGAUUCCCCACAUUAUUGUUCUUUGAGAAAGGACAGUUCCGUUUCCCAUACAAUGGAGAUAACAAGCACCAAGCGAUUGUCGACUUCAUGAGAGACCCAACAUCUCAGCAGAAAAAGAAAGAAGUGGUUGACGAAAGCUGGUCUCAAGACUCUGACGUUGUACACUUAACUGGUGAAACGUUCGACAGUGUGCUGUCUAAGGCUGAGAACGCACUAGUUGUGUUCUACGCACCUUGGUGCGGUCACUGCAAGCGUAUUAAGCCCGAGUUUGAAAAAGCUGCUACAAGGAUUAAAGAUGAGAAGAUCAACGGUCUAUUGGCGGCUGUGGAUGCAACACAACACUCUGAUUUGGCCUCUCGGUUUGGAGUGAAAGGAUAUCCUACACUGAAGUACUUUAGCAAGGGUGAAUACAAGUACGAUGCGGGACACGCACGUCAGGAAGAGCAGAUUAUUGAGUUUAUUAAGUCACCUCAAGAGCCUCCUCCGCCACCGCCACCAGAAACUCCAUGGUCUGAAGAAGAAUCACCUGUUCGACAUCUUGACCUAUCAACGUUUAGAAAUACACUGCGGAAAAUAAAACAUGCUAUAAUCAUGUUCUAUGCACCAUGGUGUGGCCACUGCAAAAGCACUAAGCCCGAGUUUGUGAGAGCUGCAGAGAAGUUUGCAGACGAACUAAUGGUAGCCUUCGGUGCGGUCGAUUGUACUAAACAACAGGAACUGUGUGCGAACUAUGAUGUUAAGGGCUACCCGACCAUCAAAUAUUUUAGCUAUUUCGAUAAAACAGUGCAAGAUUAUAGCGGAGGAAGAAAGGAAGCGGAUUUCGUGUCAUUCAUACACAGUCAAAUGGGUGAACUUCAAACACCGCAGAAGAUUAAAAGCAACCAGGACGCUGGCUUCGGUGUCAACGUUCAAUUGGCAGAUGAUAAUAACUUCCAAGAUAUAAUAUCUUCGUCCGAACCAACAUUUGUCAUGUUUUAUGCCACUUGGUGCAGCCAUUGUUCAACUGUGAAACCGGCGUUCAGUCGUCUAGCAACGGCCUUAAAGAAGGACAAUAUUCCAGUGAAAGCUAUAGCUAUAGAAGCAGCGGAUAAUUCCAAAGUAGCAGAUUUCGCCUCAAUACAGACACUGCCAACAUUCAAAAUAUACGCUUCAGGUAAACUAUUAGCUGAUUAUGAAGGCGAUAGGUCUAUGGAAGACAUGUUUAAAUUUUGCAAAUCAUACGCCAAAACAAAGGAUGAGUUG